GGGAAGGCUGCGGCGCGGCGUCUGGACGCCCAGGGGUUUGAGGUGUUUGCUACGGUGUUGGAUCUGUGUGGGGAGGGAGCCAGGGAGCUCCAGAAGACCUGCUCCCCUCGUCUCACGCUGCUACAGGUGGACAUCACCCAGCCACAGCAGGUCCAACAGGCUCUUCUAGACACCAAGGCCAAACUGGGCCUCAGAGGUCUGUGGGGCUUGGUGAAUAAUGCAGGAGUAUGUGUUAACUUCGGGGAUGCAGAGUUGUCUCUAAUGUCUAACUACCGUGGCUGUAUGGAGGUGAACUUCUUUGGGACUCUGAACGUCACCAAGACAUUCCUGCCUCUGCUGCGUCAGGCCAAGGGACGCAUCGUCACAAUCUCCAGCCCUGCAGGAGAGCAGCCGUUCCCCUGUCUAGCAGCGUACGGAGCCUCCAAGGCAGCUCUCAACCUGUUCAUCAACACACUGCGCCACGAAAUGGAACCCUGGGGGGUCAAAGUGUCCACCAUACUGCCAUCCUCAUACAAGACAGGUCAGUCCGGUAACCAGGAGUACUGGGAGAGUCAGUACAAGAGCUUGAUCCACAACCUGUCCGCGGGCCUGCUGGAGGAGUACGGGGAAGACUACACACACGAGACCAAGGAGCUCUUCCAACACUUCGCCCAGUCGGCUAACGAGGACCUGUCACCAGUCAUCAACACCAUCAGCGAGGCGCUGCUCUCCCCCCGGCCCCUGGUCCGAUACUACGCUGGGCCCGGCGUGGGCCUCAUGUACUUCGUCUAUAGUUAUUUCCCUCUGAGACUCUCGGACAAGUUCCUCCAGAGACUAUUUGUCCAGAAGAAGAUCAUCCCACGAGCGCUGAGGAAAGAGAACAACAACAACAACAACAACAACAUCAACAACAACGUGGAGAAGAUAAAGAAGUAAAACAAUCAGAUGUGUGUUUUGUUUUUAAGGUAAAAAGUGGAAGCUGUAGGACCCACUUACUGCAGGUAAAACACGCUCAUCGUGUUGUUGUCUAUUUUUUUUUGAAAAUUGUGGUUUUUCGCGUUGGUGUUCACAUUGAAGGGCUCAUUAUAUUGGUGUUCAUAUUGAAGGGCUCAUUAUAUUGGUGUUCACAUUGACGGGCUCAUUAUAUUGGUGUUCAUAUUGAAGUAAUAUAUAAUAAUAAUAAUAAUAUAUGCCAUUUAGCAGACGCUUUUAUCCAAAGCGACUUACAGUCAUGUGUGCAUACAUUCUACGUAUGGGUGGUCCCGGGAAUCGAACCCACUACCCUGGCGUCACAAGCGCCAUGCUCUACCAACUGAGCUACAGAAGGACCACAUUAUAGGGCUCAUAAUUGGUGUUCAUAUUGAAGGGCUCAUUAUAUUGGUGUUCACAUUGACGGGCUCAUUAUAUUGGUGUUCACAGUGAAGGGCUCAUUAUAUUGGUGUUCAUAUUGAAGGGCUCAUUAUAUUGGUGUUCAUAUUGAAGGGCUCAUUAUAUUGGUGUUCAUAUUGAAGGGCUCAUUAUAUUGGUGUUCAUAUUGAAGGGCUCAUUAUAUUGGUGUUCAUAUUGAAGGGCUCAUUAUAUUGAAGGGCUCAUUAUAUUGAAGGGCUCAUUAUAUUGGUGUUCA